AUGGAAAGCUGGAGCCUGAUCAUUCUGGUAAUAACGCCAGGUGUCUGGAGCGGAGACUGGAGUGUGACGUCUGAAAAUCAGUGUGCUUUGAAAGGAACAUCAGUAUUGAUCAGCUGCAAAUAUGACUACCCUGUAGGUCACUUUGUUACUUCUGUCAGCUGGUUUAAAAAGUUGUAUGCAUCUGGCGGAUGGAGACUUUUUCCUCUUGAUAAACUUACUUCAAGUCCGGACCACUUUAAAUAUUUGGGAAACUUCCGUGGCGACUGCAGUCUGAAGGUCAAUGAUGUACAACACACUGAUGAAGGAGCUUACUAUUUUCAUUUUACCACAACACUCAACAGAUGGAUGAGCAUAAAACCGAUGUACUUGUCUGUGGGAGAGCUGACCACAGUCAUCGAGCCGAGCACUGUGACAGAGGGAGGUCGUGUCGCGCUGACCUGUAUGUCAGGCUGUCCUGAGCCUAAAGACAUUGUCUGGUUCAGAGAUGGGCAACCUGUGUCAAAUCCAAUCUUCCAGGCCAGGAGAGAGGAUGCUGGGGACUACUAUUGUGCAGUCCAUGGACAGGAAUCAGUCAGAUCUGCACAUGUGGCUCUGAAUGUUCAAUACGCUCCCAGAGAAGUGACACUAUCAGUGAGUCCACGGGGAGACAUCCGCAGUGGAGGGACAGCGACUUUGACCUGCAGCAGCGAUGCCAACCCUCCUGUGGCACACAGCGGAUACCGCCUGUAUAAGGAUGGACAGCUUAUCAGUUCAGGGCAGAAUUACAUCAUCUCUGACAUCCUGCCCAGCGACAGAGGGUGGUACUACUGCCAGGCAAGGAAUAACAUCAGCUGGAGGGGCAUCGACUUGAUCAACUCGACUGAGGUUCACCUUGACGUUAGAUACCCUCCAAUGAACAUUUCCAUUUCAGUGGAUCCACAGCUGUUUGAUGAGGGCAGCAGUGUCAAUCUGACCUGCAGCAGUGUGGCUAACCCCGCAGCAGACAGCUACAUAUGGUACAAAAUGGUUGACUCUGACGCCACCAGCUCCAUGCUGCAGGUGGGCUCAGGACAGCUGCUCUCCCUUCCCUCUGUGGAAGAGUCCCACAGUGGAGUGUACCUCUGCAAGGUCAGGAAUAGUCUCGGGGAGAGCAACUCAACUCAGGUGCUGCUGUCCAUGCAGAGAAAGCAGGAUGAAGGGCAGUUCCUCCUAGUCUUGGCUGGAAUUGGAGUUUCUCUUCUUGUGACACUAGUGGUGGCGCUUCUUCUGUUCCGAACUUUUAAAAACGUGUCUUACCUAAUGCUGUAA